UUUAGAAAUAUGUUGCUUGCAAAUCCCUUACAUGGCAUACUAGAUGUCAACCGUUUCACUGGUCCAAACUAUACGGAUUGGCCCCGCAACCUCAAAAUUGUUUUCAUGACGGAGAAAAUUACGUAUGUCCUUGACACAUUUGUACCCGUGUAUGCGAAAGGGGAAAAUAAGGAUGAGAAUGCUCGCUACGUGAAGCAUAUAGAUGAUUCCACUUUUGCUCAGUAUUAUAUGUUGGGUUCUAUGACUCCCGAUUUCUUCGGUGCAAAGAUGACUGAGGGGACAUCGGUUUAAAAUCAUGUCCUUAAGAUGAUUGAGUAGAUUGAGAAGCUCACGGGUCUAGGAAUGGUCCUAGAGGAUAACCCAUGUGUAUAUCUUAUACUUCAGUCCCUUCUGGAUUCCUUUUCAUAA